AUGAUCCCCUUCACAGUCGCCUACAAAGGCAUAGCACUCCCCCUCGAGUUUCCCUUCUCAACGCCCCUCGAUGACCUCAAAUCCUAUCUCUCCACCCACCCAUCCAUCGGCGUACCCCCACCCAAUCAAAAGCUCCUAUUCAAAGGAAAAUCCACCUACCCUCCAGACGCAACGCUCGAAACCAUCGGCCUGAAACCACAUGCAAAGCUACUCCUCAUCGGCUCCUCCGCCGCGCAAAUAUCCGCCGUUCAGGAAGGUACCGCCCGCCAACAGCAAGCCGCCGUGCGAGCAUCAUCAUCACAUCGACGACCGGCAGCAACCUCAACCGGCAGCCGCAUCAGCACCCUCACAUCCCCCGCCGACCCCUCCUCCACUUACACCUUCACCACCCUCCUCGCCCUCCCCUCCUUCCCCGACCACAACCUCGCCCACGCCCUCCUCACCCGUCUCGCAAACGACCACGCCAUCAAACACAUCAUGUCCACCCACAAAUGGCGCGUGGGCACCCUCAAAGAACUGCACCCGUCCGAACGCACGAUAUUGGGGUACAACGAAAACAAAGGCCAAUCCAUCGCACUCCGGCUCCGCACGAACGACUUGGACGGGUUCAGACAUUACGGGACCAUCCGCAAGGUCCUCCUCCACGAACUCGCGCAUAUGGUGCAUUCCGCCCACGACGCGCAAUUCCACGCGUUCAAUCGGCAACUCAACGCUGAAUGCGAUGCCCUGAGCAACGGGCGCACUGUGGGGACUCGCGGCGCGUAUUACAACCCGCCCGAGGAGGAGAGGGUGGAUGAGCCGGCGUUUCAGGGGGGCACGUUUAGGCUGGGUGGGGGAGGGAGGAGGGAGACGGGGGAACGGGAGAGUCGGCCGAUGAGGGAGAUUAUGGCGGAGGCGGCGUUGGGGAGGUUGACGCGGGAGGAGGAGGAGUUGGAGAGGGGGUGUGGGAGUGGGAGUGGGAGGACGUAA